GUCGCUCUCGUUAGCGCUUCAUUUGCAGCCUCUCAUUUCUCAUCCUUGCAAGCUUGCCCUCAAUAUGCUCGAUCAAAUGCCUCACAGAAACAGAGCAUGAGAAAUGGCUCUCGGCUUGCCCUUUCCUUGCCUCUCUCGUCUGCUCUAUCAACCACCUCUCAUCUUCAGACCAAUCUCUACUUGCUCUAAUCCCAUCUCCUCCCUAUCCUCGAAGAAUCUCAGUUUCUUCCACUGUUCCAGCUGUUCCAGCACUAAUAGCUUCCAAACAUCAAGAGCUACAUCCAGUGGGGGAGAAGGCUUGAUGACAGAUGAUUCGGGGUCCAGCUUGUUGAAUGAGGAGCUGUUGAGGAGGGUGUCAAGUGCAAAGGAUGCUGACCAAGUGCUGGACAUUGUUGCAGAGGCAAACAGCAAUGUUAGAUCGGGAGUUAUUAGUGCUUCUGAUUGCUUUUCAAUCAUAGCAGCCGCUCUUGAGCGAAAAAAUGUAGAGCUUGCGCUAUUGGUGUUCUCUGCUAUGCGUUCUGUUUUUGCUGCUGGUAUCAGAGAAGAGGAUUCUGCUGUUGGACUGUGGACAUGGGCUAGGCCGGAUGUUCAGACUUAUGCAUUGCUAGUUCGAGGGCUAGCUGCUUGUUUGCGAGUACCGGAUGCAAUUAAGAUAAUUAAGUAUGUUACUAAUGUGGGAGUUCCUUCUGAGGAGGAGGUGCUGUUUGGGAAGAUUGUGCGAUGCCCAACUUGUAUAGUAGCAAUCGCCGUUGCACAACCUCAACAUGGCAUCCAAGUUGUAUCUUGUUCUAAAUGUCGCUAUCAGUAUGAGCUUGUGUCAGGAGAUAUUGUUAGCAUUGUUUCAGAAGAAAUCAGCACGGAUUUUUCUGUAUGGAGAAAAGCUUUGAGGUUCUUCCAAAUAAUUAAAGGGGAUGCCCCGGCUGCUCUUCAUUCAAUUGUGGUUCGUACUCCUUCUGGAAUAGCUCGAACACACAAAUUUGCCACCAAAACUGUGGAGCUUCCUGCCCAAGAAGGGGAAAGAGUGACCAUUUCAUCAGCAGCUCCAUCGUAUGUUUAUCAGGAGAUUGGGCCACUCAGAGUGAGUGCAAAAGCUCCUGGUUUCAGCCCAGGGGAGCCUAUGUGUCUAACAAACCAUACAACAGGGCAGGUUUCACCAUUGCUAAGAGCCCCUGACAAAGAUGGAAAUUCCUUUUUACUCAAUCCCAGUCAAUUCUUUUCCCUACUCUUGCUUUUGCUGGCUACUGGAGACGCUGCAUCUGGAAUCAUUGACCCCAGCCUCCCGCGACUUAUAUCAAUCGCUGCUGUUGCAUCAGUUGCUGUAGGAACUACAAUAGAUAAUUAUUUACUUAUUAAUUUGGUUCAGCUACCCCAGAGAUCAGUGGAGGUUGUUGCUCUUAAGCAACAGCUUUUAUCUCAAUAUGAUUCACUGCAGUCACGGAUUAAGGACCUCCAAGAAGCUGCUGAAAAGGAGGUAUGGAUGUUGGCUCGCAUGUGCCAGCUAGAGAACAAAAUCUUAGCUGUUGGGGAGGUGUCCUACAGUGCUCGAAGAGCAAGGGUCAAAAGGGUACGUGAAAGUUUAGAGAACUCCCUUUUGUCGAGGAUUGAGUUGAUUGAAAGUUAUGCAAAAAUAUCUUCGAUGAUUGAAAUUGAAUUGGAAAUGGACUCUGAUGUUCCUGUGGCCGAAGCAGUGAGAAAUGCAAAAAGCAUUGUAGAACAGAUUGAGCAAAUUACGGAAAUAGAAAACCUUAAAGAGGGAUGGCGUAUUCAAGCUGAAGCAAAUGAUGAAGUAGAAAGGCUUCUCAGUUCUCAACCAGGGAUGACUGAACAAGAGGAAACACAUGGCCAUGCCAGUGUGAGCAAGCACCUUUGACCGUAAUCAAUGCUCAUCAAUAAAUUGUACAUUCUAACUAUGAAGCAUUUCGGAUUUCUGCUAGAAACUGAUGAUCCAGUAACUUUGAACUUAAAAACAAACUAGUAAUCAGAAAUUUGUGAGUGCAUACUUUAUGUUCAUUGUCUAUAUGCAUGUUAAGAAUCAUUGGUCAGUGGAAUUAACAUUUCUAUCUUGUCAGCAAUCUAAUUUUAUUAAUGCAGGACUGUGCCAAAAUGUAAAAAUAAGAACUAGACUUGAAAAGUCUCAGGAUACCAGAUUUUACAUUGUUGAGGGAUCUCAUAAAUGCAAGCAACAAUGAGAAAGUUUAGUUCUAUUGAUUUGUUAUACUGUAAUCCAAGUUUAUUGUAAUAAUGACUUGAAAAGUCUCAAGAUACCUGAUUUUACAUUGUUGAGGGAUCUCAUAAAUGCAAGCAACAAUGAGAAAGUUUAGUUCUAUUGAUUUGUUAUACUGUAAUCCAAGUUUAUUGUAAUAAUGACGGUGCCGACAUCAAAUUGGACAUCAAAUUGUAAGAAGCUCAGAUAUAUGAUGCCAAUUUUUUUUGUUUAA